AUGAGAGAAAUUGCUAAAUCUCUUAACCAGGAGGCGGAGCAGAAUUAUUCUUGGUCCCAUCUUCCGCAAAAUGUCCUUUCUUUGAUGUUAUAUUAUCUCUCACCUAAAGGAAGGUGUGCAUUCAAAGGCACUUGCAAAUCAUGGCAUAAUGCUGAAUUGUUAAUGCCGCCAUCACCCAAUUCACCUAUCUCAACUUGUCACUACUAUCCAAGCUUAAUGUCUACCUUUUGCUACAUGUCAAAGUAUAAAUUUUAUCAUCCCAGUAAUGAUGAGUUUUUCUAUGCCAGUGCUCCAGGUCUAGAAGACACAAAGGUUCGGUGCGCAAGAUUUGGUUGGUUAUUAAUGUCGCGCCCAAAUCUAAGUUUGUUUUUCUAUAAUCCGAUCACAAGGCAAAACAUUGAACUCCCACAUAGCAGCACUGUUUUUACAGCCAUGUGCUUUACAUCUCCACCGACUUGUCCAGAUUGCCAAGUUUUUGGAAUUUCUUAUGAGCUGGAGAUGGGAGUCAUUAGACGUGGAGAAAAAUCUUGGGAAGUGCAAGAUCACAUGAUGGCCAAUGGUAUGUUAAAGGUAUCUACCCACAGUCCUCUUUACUACAAUGGCGCAUUUUAUUGUUUGGAUCUUGAUGGAAACGUUGCUGUCUAUCAUCCCCUAGAUGAUGAACAAACAAGAUUCAAGCUUCAUUAUACCAAUUUGUUUAAAAGGGUAGAAGGGAUGCAACAAGAAGAAAGAGAGGGGAUUCAACAGAGUUUUUUGUUAGAGGAUAAUGGAAAAUUGUUAGGAGUUUUCAAUCGCUGUGACCGUGGGAUAACUGUUCAGUGCUUAGAUCUUGCAAGCUGGGAAUGGCGUCCAGUACUAGAUUUGGCAAACAAGUGUUUGUUCGUGAGCCAUAGUGCGUCAUUUGUCAUGAGUGAUCCUACUACCAAAGGGAUUGGUAACCGAGUGUAUCUUCCCAAGUUUUACAAUAGAGUUGGAGUGUUUUAUUGUUUGGAUGCUAUGAAGUACUUCUCUAUUACUCGCAACUUUUGUAGCAAAACAUCAUAUGACUUAGACGACGGGGGAGAGUAUGCAGCUUGGAUUAAACCCAACUAUGAUGUAGUACCAGAGGCACAACUUCAUUGGUAAUCAUACAACAAUCUAGUUAAUCUGUCAGUAUAACUAUUUGCAUUCUUAUUUAAAUUUACAGUUUUAUUCCAAGUAGUUCUGAUGCAAUUGUACCUUUUUAUUCAUAAUUUUAUUCCAACUUGUGUUGCAGUUUUUUGCUAUUAUACUCAAUGGAAAGUCUAGACAGCUAUACCACAUAUGGAUUUAGU